AUGGCACCUUUGCUGAGGACAACUGCCAGCCUGGUGGGGUUGGUUAUAUGUGAAAGUCCACAUGAAGGGCUAACAAUGUUGUACACAAGGAUUCUUGAUGUUCUUGAGCAGAUUUCUGAAAAUGCAGCCUACAGCACGUAUGCAGAACAGAUUACAAAUGAGAAGCUGGGUCUGGUUAAAGUGGAACCAGAUGUUAAGAAAUUAGAAGACCAACUUCAGAGUGGCCAGCUAGCAGAGGGGAUGCUUGAGGCUGCAAAUGAAGUAAGUCUGGCAGGAAAAAUGAUACACUGGAAACCAUGGGAGCCUUUAGCAGAAGAGCUUCCUGCCAUCAGUGGAAAUGACCAAUGUAGUCAUCAUUAA